UGUCCAAGCAAAUGCCUAGAAGAUGGGUGUGGAUAGAAGGAAGUCAGGAUCAAGGCGGUGGGGACAUGACCCCAAAGUCACUGUGGUGAUAUUCAGAGCUGCCUGUUCCUUCACGGGUCCAGGGUGCUAGCACAGAAGAAUUUUGUGGCAGGGCCCAGGGUGUCCAUGGUACUAUUGAAGCAGAACAGAGGAGUUCAGUGCCGCAGCCAAGUGUCACAGCUCUGAGGCACGGCUGAGCUUUACAGCCCAGUGUGGCAGCUCUGGGUCAUAGCUCUCAUAAUUUGAAGACUCUAGAAUCCAAUGAUCAGUUGAAGAGGUGGAGAAAAAACCCCUUUAUUCCAACGGGGAGCCCUGGCAGCCUCGAGUCUGAGUGCCCUACCAGAAUUGAGAGCCUCCUUAUAUAGGGAUCUAUAGGGUAGGUGAGCAUGCUCAUUGAAGCGGGGGCCAGAGUUACUGAACAUUCCUGAGAAGGGAUGGAGCUUAACCGAACUUUCUUGUGAGGGGGCAGAGCUUCACAGAACAUUCCUGAAAGGUCACACACUUCAGUCACGAACCAUUUUGCUAUAUUGGGCAGGAGUGCUGCCCAGAGCACAAACAUUUUCAAAACAACAUUCUGUGGGAAAAAAUGGAGGCAAGGCAAGGGCCUGUCUUACUGUGUAGCACUUCUCUAUCAGUACUAUGAGACUGACUAUUCAAGGCUGCAGCGGUUCUGUUCUCUGCAUUCUCACGGAGCACACCUCAGCCACUCUAGUGUUGGUUCUAGAGAGCCAAUAUUGUUCCCCCCACUGCACUGAAAGGUUCAAACAAUAAACUUUGCACUUGGUCUUGGUUAUCCAUGUCCUUGGUACAAGAGACCGAAAAGAAUGAGUUUCCCCACUUGUAUUUCAAAGAAUGUCUCAGUCUUCAGGCCCAACAGAAGCCCGCCACAGGGAUGGAGCCGUUACAGAAAGCCCACUUCGAUGAAGCUCGGGACUGUAGGCUUGGACUGCUGCAGAGAUCGCCCAACAUGGCGGUAUCUAGGAGUCGGUGACCUUUGAGGAUGUGGCUGUGAACUUCACCCUGGAAGAGUGGGCUUUGCUGGAUCCUUCACAAAAGAGGCUCUACAGAGAUGUGAUACAGGAAACCUUCUGGAACCUGGCUGCUAUAGGAAAAAAUUGGGAGGACCAGAACAUUGAAGAUGAAUAUGAAAAUUCCAGGAGAAAUCUAAGAAGUCAAGUGGUAGAGAGUUUCUGUGAAUAUAAAGAAAGUAGUCAAUGUGGGGAAAUCUUCAGCCCGCUUCCAGAUCCUAUUGUGAACAUGAAAACUUUUCCUGGAGUAAAACUAGGUGAAACCCAUGUUUGUGGAAAUGACCUUAUUGUUCCUUCAUUCCUAAAUUUGUCCUUCAGGGAGGACACUGAGCAGGAACCAUAUGUGUAUGAGGAGUAUGGAGAGAUGUUGCAUAAAUGUGAGGAACAUGGGAACGCCUUCCAUUUUCCCCAGUGGUUUCAUAUGUAUGAAAGGACUCCAGCUGGAGAAAAACCCUUUGAAAGUGAACCGUGUGAUAACUUUAGGUGUCUCAGUCCUCUUCAGAACCAUGAAAAGAUUCUCUUUGGAGAGAAACAGCAUGAAUAUAAGCAAUGUGGGACACUCUUCAGAAGUCACAGUUAUGUAGGUAAGCAAUGUAGGAACACCUUCAUGAGUCUUGGGCACAAGCAGAGACCCACAGUAGCCCACACUGGAGAUAGACCCUAUAAGUUUCAGGUGCCUUGCAAGGCCUUUGAUGGUUCCGGGUCGUUUCUCAUAUAUGAAAGAAAUCACACUAGAGAGAAACACUAUGAAUGUAACCAAUGUGGGAAAACUUUCACUUUUUCUAGUUCUUUUCGAAGACAUGUACGAACUCACAGUGGAGAGAAACCCUACAUAUGUAAGCUAUGUGACAAGGCCUUCAGUUGUUCCAGGUCUCUUCAAAGACAUGAAGAAGCUCACAAUGGAAAGAAACGUUAUGUUUGUAAGCAAUGUGGGAAAACCUUUAGUUCUACUAGUUACAUUCGAAUACAUGAAAAAUCUCACACUGGAGAAAAACCUUAUGUAUGUAAGCAGUGUGGGAAACCCUACCACAUUCCAAGAUCUCUCAGAAAACAUGAAAUAACUCAUACUGGAGAGAAACCCUUUGUAUGUGGGCAAUGUGGGAAAGCCUUCCAUUGGUCCAAUUACCUUCGAGUGCAUGAAAGAGUUCACACUGGAGAGAAACCCUAUAUAUGCAAGUAUUGUGGGAAAGCUUUUAGUUCUUCCAGUUAUAUUAAAAUACACGAAAGAACUCACACUGGAGAGAAACCCUAUGUAUGUAAGCUGUGUGGGAAAUCCUAUUGUGAUUCCCGUUCCCUCAGAAGACAUGAAAGAAGUCACACUAGGAAGAAAUCUUCCAUACGAAAGGUGGGAAGGCCUCCAAUCAGUACAGUUCCCUUCACAAACGUGAAAGAACUGGCACUAGAGGGUAACCCUAAAUACAGAAAAGGAGAAAGCCUCAUUGACACUGGACCUUUCUAGGAACAUGGGAAUGCACAGUGGAGAGAACCAUGUUUGUAGUGUGUGGGAAUGUGGCUAGUCCUUUGCUUCCACACUGAUACAAAGCUACAGAAUAUGGGAGAGAUUACCCGAAUAGAAGAGAUACGCAGAAGUCUUCAGAUGGCCCCCAUGUAAAAGGUACCCUGGGUUAAAAAUCUGUGAGUAUGAUAAACCCAUGAAAUUUGCUAGUUGUAAAAAAUAGUUUCAGAGUCUUGUGAAGAGUGCUCUUGUAUGUAGUGGAAUUUUGUAAAUGAGAUUAAUAUAAUGAGGUUGAUGCAAAUUAAUUUGUGUACAGUGCUCCAAGAAAUAUAUCACCUGAAGGAAUUGUACUAAAAGUUAUAUAUGUAUUAUGUUUAUUAGUGGCUCAUUCUUAAGGUAGACCUCUGGACUAUGUAUUUAUAAGUUUUUAAGAUUAUUUUCUGAGACAGGCUCUUGCUGUUUCUCAGGCUAGCCUCAAACUGGCAAUCCACCUGCAUCAGCAUCCAUAACUACAUAAUUACAUAAUGAAAUUUACAGACGUGCUCCUUUUUUAAAAAAUCUAAUUGUUCUCAGAAGUAAACAUUGAAGUGACAUAGUAACAAGUUUUGUUUAAGCAAUACGGUAUGACUUUAAUGGGCAGUGUUCUUAGGCUUAAGUUUUAUGUCAUUUUUUGGAAUAAUUUUGUGGUUAAUGGCCUAUUGAAACAUGAAUUGUUAAAUUGUUGUGUUUUUCCUACUGGCCUAAUGUGGCUGAAUCUGAACUCUGAGUGUGUGGGUGUGGGUGUGCGUGUAUGCAUGCAUAUACUCCAACUUUGUAUUUUAUAAAUAGCCUUUUUAGGUGAUUUAAUAUUUUUUGCUUUUGAUGUAUAUUUUUUUCAAGCAAGGUUUCUGUACAUAUUUUUUAGAGUUCAUUUGUUUCAAACAUCCUGUAGAUUAACAAUGUUACCUUGUUCAUUUACUGAGAAGAUAUCUAUCAAUAUCACAUUGCAGUAUUGCAUUAGAGCAAGGUUAUAAGUUUAUCAUAUUUUUCACUUGCUGUUGAAAAGUACCACUUGCUUAUAAACUAUAGGUGUUUCUUUCUCCGUAGAAAUUUUACUUUUCAUGUUUAUAUUCUUAUAACUUGUAUUUUGAUUGUAGUUUUUUCACUCAUCAUACCAAAAAGUACAGUGUGCUGGUAUGACUGAUAUACCUUGCCAGAGUACACGAGAGUUAUGCUUUUGGUCACUUAUGGGGUAAAGUCCUAGCAUAAUAAAUCUCUCCAGACACCAUAACUGCCUGUGUGGUUUAUCAGUGAGAGAACACUCUCCAUAUUUGCUAGGAUUUGCAUUUGUUUUAGAGGAAUUGAUUGCUAUUCAGUUCAAUAAGGCAUCUCCCACUAGGACACAGUAGGGUGGUCACAUUAUUGACUAGAGGGAAUUUUACUCAUUUGUGUGUUCUGUCAACUUUAGAUAAACACACUACUGUUUCGUACUGUUUUUUCUUCAUCCGUAUUUUUAUGUAACUGAGGAGUAUUGUCUGAUCUUCAGGGUAUGUGAUAUGUCUUUAUGAGACUUGAUUGUGUUGUGAAUGGGAGGCCUGCUCCAGUUUUCCUUACCUGUUUCAGGCCUUUAUGAUGUUACCAUCUAAACUAGGAAGUAUUUCCUAAAGAAUAUCCAGCUCUCAAAGGUACAGAGGCUUUUCAGCCUGGGAUGGGGUUACAUUUUCAUAAACUCAUUGUGAUGUCAAGAUUUGAAGAUACAGAACGCACCUUUCCCACUGAACCCUGGGCCUGAGCCAGCCCAGCUUUGCAAAGGAGGCUUAGAUCAGUGAGAUUUACCCACAGUGGGCACAGUCAUCUACUGCAGGGUCUUCUCAAUGCAAUGCUGCCUGUGUGAUUUUACACUCCUGAGCACGCAGCAAACCAGAACAGCUCACUGUUUCCACCCAGCCACAUAAGAAAGCAUAUACUGAGCCAGGCAUAGUGGCAUAUACUGGUAAUCACAGCACUCGGGAGGCUGAAACAGGAGGAUCGCUGUGAGUUCAAGGCCAGCCUGAACUACACAGUGAGACCCUGUCUCAACACCUCCCAUCCCAAAAAAGACAAAGUCAGAGAUGGCAGCUGACAGUAUAUUCAUGGUGGGGUGUAUUUCUCUGUCCUGUGUGGAAGUCCAUGUGUGAGUGAGGAUGUCGUCACUGGUCAUUUUUCACAUACCCAGUUCCCUGACCCCCGUGUGGGUCAGCAGCUGCUGUGUGUCAGGGUAGGCACUGCAGCUAGUCCUGCCUGGUGGGGCUGACAUCACAAUUCGUUCUAAUGCACGGGUAGAAGACCAUCAUCUGUAAUGACAGCAUUUUAGUACAUCUGACACAUUACCUGCAUUUGGCACACGAGACUCUGGAACUUGAGAUUCCUCAGUUCUUUGGGACACACGUGUCUUAGGUGAAUCUGGUUGACAUCAUUGGAGGAUUUCAACUCCGUGUUACAUGCAGCCGUAUCACUGAGUUGCAGGUCCUUCAGGACAUCCUGAGAAGGGUGGUUCUGAACAGCUCUAGCCUAGCAUGGCCUUUUCCCAUCCACACAAAUCCACAGCAGUUUCCCACUUGAUGCUCCAAAGGAAGUCUUGAUGCUUUCAGGUCAUGUAUCCAAGUAAUUAUUGAGGUGACUAGCAGAUCGAACUUAUUUUGAGUUGUACCCAAAUUUAGUGGAAAAAGAGGCUGUAUUUGACAUCUCAGGUGGAAUAUUUUUGCUGUCUGUAUGACGUCAGCUGGGCCAUUGUAUUUCAGUGGCCCAACAGAGCCCUGCUCUUCUCUCCACUGGGGUUGCUUCCACGUGCUUAGACUUUAUUACGUGUUACGGAAAAUGGGGAGACAUAACUGCUUUUUGUGUAAUAUUUUUUUAAGAAAUUACUUUUCAUCCUUUUCUUCCUUUAUGAUUUAUGUUUCUUUUAUUCUGUUUAUAUUACAUGACCUGAGUAUUGUUAGUAACACAAGUUGAUCCUGUCUGUUUUAUUCUCCCGAGUGUUUUAUUCCUUCUUACAGAGAAUGAAAUGACCUGCAGGGAGCACAGACCUUUGAAAAAUCACAUAACUCACAGUGGCAAAUUUCUUAAUGUUAGCUCCUAGCAUGUUAGCAGGCAUCCUCAGCACUAUUGCAAAUGUCGACUGAGAAGCAACACAAGUAUUAUGUUUUUAUGCAGUUUUUCAAAGGUGGCAUUGAGUAUAUGUUAGUAGCAUUCCUAUCAGUAUUAGAUGACAUUAGUAUGAAUAUGAUACAUGGUUUUGUAUGUAAAAAUACUUCGUGAUUUUAUUGAUAUGAAAACUUAUUUUUAGGCAUGCAUGUUUUAUGUUGACCAUUUCUCAUAAAGCAAGGUCAAAAAUGGAAAUGAGAAAUCCUGCUCAGUUAAAUGAACUGAAGUUGAAAGGUGAGGCUUAUUCAGGGUUCCACAUGUAAUUCAUUCCUUCACUGUGAGACAGUUCAUUUACAGGCCCACAAACUUUUGUUGUGCAGUACCUUGCAAUCGGAAAUGUUAACAUAAGUUACCCUGUCUCUUCAUGUAAUGUCAAGGUAAGAUGAUGGGUAAAAAGUAUUGGAAAAAAAGCUAUUUAUAAAUAAAUAAAUAAAUAAAAGAUACUUGUAGAAUUUUGUGAAUAGCACAAUCAGAUUUAAACUCAUUCUUGAGAUUGACUGUAAGAAAGAAGCAGCUCAGAGGUAGGACGGGGAACACUGGCAGUGUUCCAGGAGUCAAGUGGUAAAGCAGUCUGAGUACGGCAUAUGUCACGGGCCCGUGCUGGUGAGGAGCCUGGCACCGGAAACAGAACAGCUUCAACGCUGAGGUGACCUGUGCUUGUUUGCCAAGGACUGACCUGAUGCUGCUUGCUUUUCCUGAGUAAUGUCUCUUACAGCCUGUCUUUUGAAUAUGUUUUCUGUAUUUGUAGAAGAAAUGUACGUGGGUAUCGUUACAUGUAAGCUGUAUUAGUUGAAAUCAACUUUAAUUAAAUAAAUUUUGUAGAAAGACUGAAUAAAAUCCUGUUUCUAGGAAA